AUGUCAGAAAUGCAUAAUACCGCGGCCUGGCUUCCAGCUGUGGGGGCGAAAUUAGAGCUGCGCCCGGCGCCAAUCUCUGAACCGGGACGAGAUGAGCUCCUCAUCCAGACUGAAGCGGUCGCCGUUCAACCAGCCGAAUACAAAAUCCAGGAUGGUGUCCUUCCAUUCCCGUUGACAUACCCCACAAUCAUUGGCUUGUGCUUCGCUGGGAGAGUAGUCAAGACUGGCCCCGGCGUCACCCGGUUCCAGAUAGGAGACCGAGUUGUGACAAACAGUGCAGGAACACUGCGCAAUGACGCGCGCUUUGGAGCCCUGCAGCAGUAUGCGCUCAGUACACAACAGCUUACGGCAAAGAUCGGCGACGCAUCUUUCGAGAAAUCGGCCACGCUUGCCUCCAACCUCUACGGCGCAAUUAGUGCGCUUCUUCUCCAUCUGAAACUGGACAGGCCUGGCUCUGUUCCAGAUUCACAGAAUAAGUCAAAAAAGAUUCUCAUAUGGGGAGCAUCCUCCUCGUUCGGCGCUGCUGCCGUCCAGAUAGCUGCCAGCGCCGGUUACUCGGUCGUGGGCGUGGCGUCGGGAUCGAAUGCCGCGCUGGUCAAAUCGCUAGGCGCAUCUGAGUUUGUAGACAGGACGGAUGAUUCUGCAACCGAGGCUCUGAUUGCGCUGGGGCCGUAUCAUGCUGUGCUUGCCGCAGCGGAUUCAGCGAAGGACCAGGGGACGAUCGGCAUUGUGUUGGCCGCGCAGGGGGUGGCACGUUUCUGUCUACUAUGGGUGUGA